AUGCUUUUGAAAAUUUCCUUAUACUACGGUAGAACAGAACGACAACUCAUCGUAACCGUGCGACGAGCGUUAGAUUUGCCUCCUCGUCCAGAUGGUACUGCACGUAACCCUUACGUGAAGUUAUUUCUUCUACCAGACCGAAGCGAGAAAAGUCGCCGACAAUCUGCAGUAUUAAUUGAGACUUGUAAGCCAAUUUGGAACGAACCAUUUUAUUAUCACGGACUCACGGAAGCUAUGCUUAUGGAACGUGUUUUAGAGGUAACAGUAUGGGAUUAUGAUCAGUAUGAAACCAACUCGUUUAUGGGUGAAGUAUUGAUUGAUUUUACUAUCGCUCAGUUAGAUGAUCAAUCAUUUCUAUACACAUUAGUAGAUAUGGAUGAAGAAAAUCCACUAAGAGCGGCUACUGACGAUAACGAUUACAUAGGUGCAAAUACUUACGAAGCAUAUCGUUCCGGUUCACGUCAGCAACAUCUUCAGCCUGCAAAGUAUACAUUGCGUCGAUCACGGACGUAUGAUCGAAAUGGCGGCAGAAUUGAAGAAGACUGGACAGUAAAUUGUCCGUCAGGGUACUUAUCAGAUCAUGGAUACAGUAACCACAUGCCAGUGCAGUAUUCACAUCGAGAACGACGGCCGCGAUCUGCUACAACAAUGCGUCCUUUAUCAGAUGUUCGAAGUUAUAAUCGAAAUUUGCCUCCGGCUCCAUGGACUACUGAUGAAGAAGACGGGCAACAAAUUUUAGCUAGUCAUCCAGCUCAGACACUAGGAAGAUUUACUUUGCGUAACGCAAGAUUACCCGGUGAGCGUUUGAAGUUAGAAGCCAUGCAAGAACAACAGCCAGGUUAUGGCAGUGAUGGAUCUGAGACACUAAGCAUUCAUUCAGCGCAAAGUUUAUCAGCAAGACGAUCAUCACGUCGAAUGGCUCAUGAAGACAAUGAACAGCUAAAUAUGAAUCAACAGAUGGAUGAUGUUGAAGAAUAUAUGGAAGAGGGUGCUAUCAGUGAUCCCGCUAUCACUAAGGAAAAUUCCGCGAUAGUAACCAAAGAUCGCAAAAAAAGCAUCAUGACUAGGCUCAUCCCUGGUAGAAAUGCUCCACUUGAAAGCAAAAGGACCGGAUUCCAACGAUCGGAAGAGGUUGGAGUGCCAGAAAGUUUAUCAAUUCCAAGUGAUUAUCUCAAUUCUUCCUUUAUGAAACAAACCUCUAAAGAAUCAACUGAUUCUUCCCACAGCGACAAUUGGGGGCCGAUUUUGACCGAUGGACCUUUGGGUAGUUUUGUUGCCAAUUUGGGACCUGGCCAGGUUGUGGGUCGACAAGUGCUAGCAAGUCCAGUUCUAGGGGAAAUUCAGAUUGGUAUAGCAGCAAAUCGAGAUGGUAUUGAUGUCGAGAUUAUACGUGCCAAAAAUCUCGUCGUAAAACCAGGUGUGAAAGUUAAUCCAGCUCCAUAUGUUAAAGUUUAUUUACUGGAAGGGAAGCAAUGUAUAGCUAAAGCUAAAACCCAUGCGAUGAGAAGAACUACUGCUCCUCUUUUCCAACAACAUAUCAUUUUCUCCGAAUCACCGCGUAAAAAAAUGCUUCAGAUCACAGUACGAGGCGAUUAUGGGCGAAUGGAACGAAAAACAUUCAUGGGGAUCGCACAGAUCCGUCUGGAUGAUUUGGAAUUGGGUGUUGAGCCAGUUGUGGGAUGGUAUAAACUUUAUCACAGUUCAAGUUUAGUGGGUACUGGACCAACUCGGAAAGAUAGUGAUGCAAGUUUAACUGAAGUGAAGCAAUGA